CGCGACGUAAAGGAGGAAGGAAAGGCCGAGUACGCGUGAACCUGGAGGAAGUCCUAUCAAGCGUAAGAAGGGAAACAAUGCAACUCCACAAAGGCAAGGGCGUAGCCUCCGCAAAUACCUCCGACGAUACCCUUCCCUGGAUUGAGAAAUACCGUCCAAGCACCCUUGAAGAAGUCACCGGCCACCAAGACAUCAUCUCCACCAUCGAGCGCUUCAUCGAUGGUGGGAAGGUACCACAUAUGCUGUUGUACGGACCUCCUGGUACUGGUAAGACCAGUACGAUCUUGGCUUGCGCACGGAAGAUAUAUGGCCCGAAAUACAAGAACCAGAUUCUGGAACUCAACGCUUCGGAUGAUCGUGGUAUCGACGUUGUCCGGGAACAAAUCAAGACAUUCUCAUCGACGCGGCAGAUAUCCAUGGGACCAGCUUCAGCUGCUGGACCAGGUUUCAAGCUUGUGGUGUUGGAUGAGGCGGAUGCGAUGACCCAGGUUGCACAGAAUGCACUGAGGAGGACGAUUGAGAAGUACACGCGAAAUGUCCGGUUCUGCAUUAUCUGCAACUAUGUGAAUAAGAUCAUCACGCCCAUCCAGUCGCGAUGUACGCGGUUCCGGUUCUCGCCGUUACCGAUCGAGAGUGUUCGACACCGCGUUGAUCACGUUAUCGAAGCCGAGGGUGUGAAGAUCACGGAUGACGGGCGGGAAGCGUUGCUGAAGUUGAGCAAGGGGGAUAUGCGCCGUGCGCUGAAUGUGUUACAAGCCUGCCAUGCCGCAUACCCCAAUACCUCCGAAGAGGAAGUCUACGCCUGCGUCGGAAACCCCCACCCCGCCGACCUCUCCCUCAUCCUCAACUCCAUGAUGUCCGAAGAAUUCUACACUUCCCUUCGUACCAUCACCGAGAUCAAAACACUCAAAGGACUGGCACUACAGGAUAUCUUGGGAGGGGUGUAUGAGCAGUUGGAGGGGGUGGGGUUGCCGGUACAAGUAAGAGUGACGGUGUUGGAGAGGUUGGCGGAGAUUGAGUAUCGGUUGAGUACGGGCAGUACGGAGAAGAUCCAGUUGAGUGCGAUGAUUGGGGGUGUUAAGGCGGGGUUGGAUUUGGCGGUGAAUGAGGUGUGAUUGGUACCGGUGGAGGGAAGGUGUUAAGAGAAGAGUGAUCUACGCUGACAAUGGAGGAGGUACGGACACCCAUAGCUGCGUUUAGGAUUUCGUAGACUG